AUGAAGGAUGCUGCCAAUGAAUUGCGGAAACUUGGUAUCUGUGCCUGCCAAACCAGAUGUACCAACCGUUCACAAAGGGAACUUGAUUCAUGUCCGAAAUGUCAACUACCCAAACAUGCAACAUGUGGCAUCAAAGUUCCUAAAGAUAAUGGGGAGAUUGUCUACUGGUGUUUCGAAUGCAAGGAGGGUCCAAGCUUGACACGCCCUUCUAGAGUGAGAAAGAAGAGAAUUAGAGGGCAAGAAGAAGCUGACCAGGAAGAGGGGAUAAAGGUCAAUAAGGCAAAGAAGAAACCUCAUCGUUUACACUAUAAACUCCCUGUAAAGCAAACUGAAGCUACCAGACAAGAUGAUUCCUCAGAAGAACAAUUGGAAGAAUCUUCCAAUGUCAAGAAGAUGCCUAACCAAUCAGCCAAGAAGACGCCAACUUCUCAAACUAAGAAGAAGUCAAAUGUCCCGCUGUAUGAACCUAGGUUGAUGUCAACUGAAGCAAGUGAGCCUGAUGAUGAAGAGGAUUCCUCAGAAGAAGAAAUAAAAAAUAGGUCCAGGGCCAGGUCUUAUCCUCCAAGACGUGUGCUUGCCACAUCUAGUGACACUAGUGAAGACAAUAGCCAAUCUAUUGACAAAAUUGAUGUCCAACGUAGUUAUAGAAAUAACAAAAGUGAAGAGGAAGGUCCACAGAGUGACACAAGUGACCAAAUUGAAGAGGAAGACCAACCCAAUUCUGCAGCUGGUAGUAAAUGCAAGAAUGAAAGUGAUGUGGUUUCUGGAAAGUACCAAUGUCGAGUAUGUGACCUGGCCAUGCAUCAAGAUUGUGGAGAUAAAUGCCCAUGUCCCGAUCCCAAAGGCAGAUGUGACGUUAGAUAUGGAAGCAUAUGCCUAAAGUGUUUGUCUAUGAAGUGUGCAGCUGAAGGUUUGUGCAAACGCCAGGGAUGGGUGUUGGACUUCCUUGUCAUUAGUCAUUUUCUAUUCUACCUUUAUUGA